CAAGAAAUGAAAAAACGCAGAAGAUGUAUUUGCAAAACAAUAAAAAUAUUACGACAAAUAACAGGAAAACCGAAACCGUUAGAACGACACGAAAUCAAUACCAUACGUUUUGAAUUGUUCACGGAAAGAAAUUCAGAUAGAACUGCUUUUUUAGUUCUGAGAGGGAAAGAUGUUUACGAGAGAUAUAAACGCCGAAUUACCGACGAAGACAUUCCAGCGCUCUGCCGGCAUGUGAAGACCUCUCCUAGGCUAAUUGUUAAGCUGGACUUAAGCUACAACAACAUCACGGACGCGGGAUUCUUUAAGCUAAUAAAAAGACUUCUAAUUAAAGGGCGAUCGAGUGUCGUCAAUCUUAAUAUAAUGAACAACCAACUAACCGAAACGUCCGUUUUUAAUUUAGCUAAAUAUGCAACAUUAUUUAGAUUGAAGUGCUUAAGGUUGAAUGGGAACGAUUUUGGUGUGAGAGGUGGCGAAUAUUUCGCUGACUUUCUUAAAAAUAAUGUCAGUGUUGAGUGCUGUGACGUAGGAGAAACGAAUAUAACUUUGACGAGCUUAGCUCAUAUAAUCACAGCCCUGAGAAAAGAUUAUGACGGGAACGAGACGGUGAAAGUUAUCGAUCUGAGCCGAAUCGUACCGCUAUUUAAUCGAUAUUCCUAUGAAACUAAAUGGCUGGCGUAUCAUAUCGAGUACUUGCUAGAGGGAAAUUCAACAUUAACCGAGCUACAUUUACAAAAAAACCAAGUGAUCGGGCACGAUAUGGAAUACUUCGUUCGGGGCUUACGGCGGAAUAAUACUUUAAUAUACUUAGAUCUUGGUUAUAACAAAAUUGGCGAUUACGGUGCUGAGUUGCUGGGGCAGUAUUUGAAGGAAAAUCCACAGUUAAGCUCACUAAUUAUCGCCGGUAAUGGAAUAAACGACACUGGAGCGAUAGCCUUGACUUCUGGCUUGCCAUAUUCGAAAAUUCGUGCCCUCGAUGUGGCCAAUAACAGACUUACAGACGGUGGUAUUAUCAAUUUAUUACAUACGAUAAAAAAGACGUUUUAUUUGCGCUUUUUAAACUUAUGGGGUAAUAAAAUUGGUCAUCCGAGUUGCGAGAUUAUCGAGCGAAUGCUAUUCAGUGGGGCCUUGUCCCAACACACGAUCGAUGUUAAAGUCUACGAAGUCGAUGGAGUUCUACACGCGGCAUAUUAUCCCAACCCAUCAGACCGAAAUAAACAUUUAUAUUAUAAUGAAUUGGAGUUCGGAUACGCGCUUCCCAUAUUCCAUAUAAAAAGAAAUGUGUUGCCAGAAAAGAAAACUGUUACAGUAGAUGGUAAACAACGGGAUAGACUUGAUAGAGCCAAUAGAAAUACAUUUUGA